AUGAGAUCAGCUCCCCCUUUACAGAAACAUCGUCCGCGCGAGAAACGGGCGCGACCUUUCCUCCUCGCCGUGGCCAGGAUGCCCAUCGACGUGCUGGACACAGCCUGGAGCGUCGGCAGGAACCGCCCUAUUAACGCAGCCCACGUCCAGGAGCUGUUACACGCAUUCAGGAGCGGCGGGCUGGAACGGCGGGCGCCGGAGAACCGGAUCACCGUCCUCUGCAGCGCCGAGGCAGUCAGCCUUAUGCAGCAGGACGGUGGCGGCAUAGAGGGGGGCGAGAGGAGGACGACGGAGAGGACGACAACGAUGAUAACGACAGUCCUUGCGAGCUCCUCCUUUUACGCUGGGCCGAAGUGA